UUCAUAUCGACAAACGGUUUUAUAACGACAACGCACGUGUUUUGAAAACUGUAUCAAUUGUUCCAGCGAUUGCCCUCAGUGAAGCAACAAGCCGAGAGGUUGCAUUUUAAACACAAUAAUCUUAUAAAAAACUAAUAAAUAAACCCAAAAAUGACUGAGGAAGUGAAUCCCAAGGCAUUCCCGCUGGCCGAUGCCCAGCUAACGGCUAAGAUCAUGAACCUGCUGCAGCAGGCCUUGAACUACAAUCAACUGAGGAAGGGAGCCAACGAGGCCACCAAAACUCUGAAUCGUGGAUUGGCCGACAUCGUGGUCCUGGCUGGCGACACCGAGCCCAUCGAGAUCCUCCUCCACCUUCCACUCCUGUGCGAGGAUAAGAACGUGCCCUAUGUCUUUGUGCGUUCCAAGCAGGCUCUGGGUCGCGCCUGCGGCGUUUCUCGGCCAAUUGUCGCCUGCUCGGUGACCACCAAUGAGGGCAGUCAGCUCAAGUCGCAGAUCACCUCCAUCCAGCAGGAGAUCGAGCGACUCCUAGUCUAGUUAUAGCGUAGACUUAAGUGAAAAUGUGUACAAAGUGGUAACUUCAAUAAACAUGUGUAUUUUUUAAUACAAA